AUGUCGCGGAUCAAUGGAGCUGAAGUAGCAAAGCACAGCAGCAAGAAGGAUUGCUGGAUAGUGCUGGAUUCAAAAGCGUAUGAUGUAACCAACUUCCUGGCGGACCACCCAGGUGGCGCACCGAUCAUCUUGAAGAAUGCCGGGUCGGAUGCGACAGAAGAGUUCAAGAAAUACCACCCGUUGAGUUAUCUGGAGGAUUAUCUGCCUAAAGAUGCCUUCCUCGGUCCCGUCGACCCCAACACGUUUGGUCAGCUACGCCAGAUUAAGAGCGAAGAGUCGACGAAGCCGUCUGACACCGAUCCAAACUCCAAGGAAAUCCCACAUGUGAGCCUUUGCGUCUCCACGACCGACUUUGAGGCAGUGGCAAAGGCUGUCAUGCCUCACAAGUCGUAUGUCUAUGCGUCCGGUUCUGCAAACACUGGCGCGUCGAUCAGAGGCAACAUAGAUGACUGGGGGCGCAUCAACUUCCGUCCGCGUGUGAUGCGCAACGUCGGCGAUGUAGACACGCGCCGCAAGAUAUUCGGACACAGCUCGCCAUACCCAUUCUACAUCUCGCCGAUGGGAACGAUGGGCGCCAUUCACGAAGCUGCCGAGCCAGAAAUGAUCCGGGGCGCAGUGCGCAAGGGCAUCCACAAAGUCGUCAGUACUGCAAGUUCAAAGAGUAGUGAGCAGAUCAUGCAGAGCUACAAAGAUGAGCAGCAGAGGCUUGGAAACAACAGCACAACACAAUUGUUCUACCAAUAUUACAUGCCUGUCGACCGCAACAAGGCUAUUGAACUCAUGCGCAUCGUCAAGCGGUGCGGUUAUAAUGGACUGUGGAUAACAGUCGACACGCCUGUUCUUGGAAAACGAACUGCGGAUCGCUAUCUCCAGGCUGAGGAGGCGCUAGCAGUCGGGCUCGCAGAAGAAAGUACAGCGGAAUGGGAGACCGGCGGCGACAACGCUUUCGCACCCGCUAUGGGUGGACGGCCAGUUCAGGGUCAGUUGAGCCCACAUACGACCUGGGAAGAUCUCGAGUGGAUUCGCAAGGAGUGGGAUGGUCCAAUCGUGCUGAAGGGCGUGCAGUGUGCGGAUGAUGCGAAGCUUGCGAUGGAUUAUGGCUGUGAUGGGAUUCUUUUAAGCAACCAUGGCGGCAGGCAACUGCAUACCGCGCCGAGUGCUCUUAUGACGUUGCUGGAGAUUCGAACGUACUGUCCAGAAGUCCUGGGGAAGCUGGAAGUUUUCCUCGAUGGCGGUCUGAGAGACGGAAACGAUGUGCUAAAAGCAUUGUGUCUAGGCGCCACAGCCGUCGGCGUAGGGAGACCCUUCCUAUACGCGCUUGGUGCGUAUGGGUCGAAAGGCGUCGAGAGAUGUGUUGACAUUCUUGCGGAUGAGCUGCAGACAGGUAUGCGGUUGUUGGGCAUAACAUCACUGGAUCAGUGCAGGCCUGAGAUGGUUAAUGCGACGCGUCUACUUAAUGAAAUGUGGCGACCAGAGCAGCUGAGUCUGAAGAGCAAGCUGUAA